UUUUCCCACUUCGCCAGUGCCACUCACUUAACGAUAACGCAUGGACGCGGACGCACAUAUUAAAUAAAAUCAUUAAUACCCGUUCAAAGAACUAUAACAAACAAUCGAGCACGUAACCACAUCCACAAUAAUUUUUAAAAAAAUGUAAAAAUAAAAACCGAAAAAGAUAAUGUUAAAAUUUUUAAUAAAUAAAUCAUGGAAGCGAUGUUUCCAACUCCUCUGAUUUAUAAAAAUCAAUUGUUAAAUUAAUUUAAUUUGUUAUGCAAGGAAGUGAGGAGUGAGUAAGUCCUGCGAAUAAUUGGAAAUGAUUUAUCAGAAGGAUUAAAAUUCCCCCAAAGGUGAACGAAUAACGAAUGCCCUGGAAUUUUCACCGGUGCAAGUGUAUUUAAUAAAAAUUGUCGGCACGUGCCAGGCGUGACGACACGUGCUGGUGUUUUGAGAGUAUCAGGUUGACGCGUGUAUAAGUCGUAUCAGGAGUGAGGAUCACCCCGGUCGUGUUUAAGUGUGCUGGAGAGGAGAUCUCAUUCGGAAAUUGAAGCUUAUCCCCAAUUAUCCCCUGAAAAAUACCGGGCAAUCGGAUAAAAUCGACGAUCGGCAUGCACGUGCCAAAUAAAAAUUGAAUACUUAAGCCGCCAUGUGAGGUCGACACACAAGGAGACAUCAGGAACCGAUCUAGUCACAAAUUCUAGUCAUAGAGAAUUUUUUUUUUUUAGUCUGUACUGUAUUUUAAUUGAAAAUCAUCGAGAUGAUGUACUCGAUGGAUAAUUUGGAACUCGACAUGAUGAAUCGUCAUUACAUUUACGAUGCCCACUCGUUCCUGGGCAACCCGGUGAUACCACCGCACUGCGGUCCCCCGACGGCGGCCGUUCUACCGCCGAUGAUCCCCCAGAUAGGGCCCUCACACCCACCUGGUAGCACCGGGAGCUCCAAUUGUAGUGAGCAUUAUCCAUUUGAUGAGAACAGUAGUGACGAUGAAAGUGUUUAUAGUAGUGAUAGAGAGAUUCGUACGAGGGAUGGACAUUCCAGAAAACGCAGUCACGACUGCAUGCUGGAGGACGAGGACGGGCCGACAUUGAAGCGUCCACGUCAAGCUGUCCAACAACGUCAAGCGGCCAACCUCCGAGAGCGGAGACGUAUGCAGAACAUAAAUGAUGCAUUCGAAGGCCUUAGGGCGCACUUACCCACCCUACCCUACGAAAAACGUUUAUCAAAAGUUGACACUCUUCGUCUUGCCAUUGGUUACAUAACUUUCUUGACAGAACUCGUCAGAGCCGACAAAGGUAGUGAUACUCACAACGGCAGCGGUACAAUUUCAAGAUGUCCAGGAAGGGAGCACUCCGAGAAAGUGAUAGUUCACAGCUACGGUGGGAAUCCCUUCAUCUCUCACUCCCUCUCCUGGUCCCGAAAAUCGGACAUAUCCCCCAAUGGAAUGAUGUUCGCUAAAGUCUGGACCCCAGAGGAUCCACGACUAUCUAAAAACACUUCCGCACUCUCUAAAAUCGACUCCAUCGAAAUGAGUAAGGACUGGUCGCCGGAGGAGACGCACACGUCGAAAUCAGAGAGUUUGAUUGAUAAAUUCGAGAGCCGGGAAAUGCCGAAGGCAUGGACUCCAGAGGACCACGGAACCCUUAAAAACACUAUCAACGAGAGUAUGGAGAUGGCCAAGACGUGGCAGGAGCCACGCACCCUGAAAAAUUGCAUGGAGAAACACAUGUCUCUGGAUUGCGUUGCCGUCCAAUCGUAGGGAACGGCCAAGUGGAGACAGACUAAUGACUAUCAAACGAAUUAAUAGUGUUAUUUAGUUUUUAGGGGUCUGUCUUCAUCGCAAUUGUCUGCAGUGCAACAAAAAAAUAACGAGGAUUGAGAGGGGAAAUGAGUCUAGUCGAAACACGCCAUUGAAUUUGUAUUAUUAUUGAAUUAAAAUUACUAAUUAUGAUAGGUAUUGAUGUAAAUGUGGGAUGAAGGAGCACUCACUCAUUUGUAAAUAAAAUCAACUAUGAUAA